CAACAAUGCACCCCUCUCCCUCUUCUCCCCCGCUCUGAAAUCUCUCUGAAUCUGGUUCAUCACUUUCUCUCUUUAAAACCGCCACCAAUGGCUGCCCUGGAGUGCUGGACCAGCCGAAGCAGCACUGCCACCGACGACGACACUGUGGAGCACGUCCUCAUGCGCACCCACGAUCGCUCUGAGGCCUUCAACCCCCACGACGCAUCCCAGCCGUUCCCCUCCUCAUCCAACCCCAUCAAGGACCUCGUCCAGAAGAAAUUCCACCGUUUCAGUCGCAACUUCACAGAAGCCCUCUCCACCCUCAAAACCACACUCAAUCUCGACCCUGGAAACAUCGACAAGGUCCGAGACCCCGACAGUCGAAAAGCCCUAUGGGGAGGCGUCGUCAAAAACCUAACUCAGCUCUAUCCAGGAAGCCAGCUCCCGGAAAAAUUGAUCUCCACGAUUCGCCGACACUUUGAUUCUCUUCCUCUGAGUUAUGCAAACGCUGGUUUUGAGAUCAGAGAAGUUUUCUCUCACGUCAAACUCAUCGAACAAGCAAGCGCAAGCGAUCGACCUGCUGUUUCGGUUCAAGAAGUGCAGGAUUCGAGUGAGUUCAACACCGGAACACUGUUUAACCUAACUUUUGCUUCAAUGUCGCCGAUUUCAUGGCCGGCCAUGGCCGGUGCAUUGGAUUCGGCUUCUACUUGCUGCAAAAGAGUCCAGAUCUUUGAGAAGAAGGGGUGUACCCUUGGGGUGGUGCUUGUUUUGGUACAACCAGGCCACGAGCGUGGGUUCAGGGCCAAGGUUGAUGGGGCGCUCAAAGCCGGCUCUAUAGCAAAACGAGGCACCAAGGCCGGGGCGAUGAAGCUAGCCCUGGGGCUCUGCGGGUGUCAAGGCGAGCUCACCAGGGCUCGAGAGCCCGAGCCCUCCAGGCCCUGGCUCGUGGCCAGGUUCGACGAGCUGGCUCGGUGGGUCAUAGACCCAGACGAGCUCGAGCUCGUGAAAUCGGGCCCUGAUGGGUUCGAGGGCCUGUUCAGGGGCCGGCGCGUUAGGGCUCGGAUGGUCCGUGGGUGCGGCGAAAAGCUCGAAAUUUUUGCCGAAAUCGAGAUCAGGCGCGACGUGCUGGAGGUGAUGGGGAGCGGGAAGAGGGGUCUCGUCCAGUUCUAUGGGUUGUGUAUGGUGGAGAAGCAGGGGUUGUGUAUCGUGACGAGGCUCAUGGAGGGUGGGUACGUGCAGGAGAGGAAGGGGAGGGUGGAGGUGAGGGAGGUGGUGAGGAUAGCGGCUGACGUGGCGGAGGGGCUGAGGUUCAUGCACGAGAGUGGGGUUGUGUACAGGGACUUGAACACGGGUUGUGUAUUGUUGGAUGGGGAGGGGAACGCGGGGCUGGCUGGGUUCGAGGCGGUGAGGAGGUGUUGCGGGGGCGGAGGCGAGGUCACGGAGUAUGAGACGUCGGGCUUUCGGUGGCUCGCACCUGAGAUAAUCGCGGGCGAUCCUGAGAGUGUAGAGGAAACAACAAUGAGCAACGUUUACAGCUUUGGGAUGGUGGUGUGGGAGAUGUUGACCGGAGAAACCGCCUAUGCCAGUUACUCUCCAGUUCAAGCAGCGGUCGGAAUCGCCACUAAUGGCCUCAGGCCUCAGAUUCCGGCCAGUUGCCCAGCCGUUCUCCAGUCACUUUUGAACAGUUGUUGGAAUGUUCACCCCUCUCAACGCCCUACUCUUCCACAGAUAGCAUCCAUCCUAAGCGAUUUUGAAAACAGUUAUUCCCUCAGCUAUUCGUCUUCCAGCGGGGAUUCUUGAUCGUAUUUUGGUCUUUUCACUCGUAAAUGCAUUUUCUUGUUAUUUGGAGGAGGUAUAGUUUUUUUUUUUUUUCUCUCUUUAGUAUUUUGUUCUUUAUAGAGCAUGACUUUGUUCUUUAUAGGGCGGAUGAACAAGAUUUGUAUAGUCCAUCCCAAAUCAUUAGGAUAAAAUUCAGAUGAUGAUGAUGUAUACAGUGGCUUUUGAUCUUUAAGAUGCUGCCCUGAAUGUUCUCAUGCCGGGUUUUCUUCUUUUCUUCA